AUGGCCGACGCUCUGAAAGCCGAGGGGAACAAGGCGUUUGCGGCCAAGGACUUUACCACAGCUGUUGAGAAGUUCUCUGCGGCAAUCGAACUCGACCCAAGUAACCAUGUCCUGUACUCGAACCGCUCGGGUGCCUAUGCCUCGCUGAAGGACUUCGACAAAGCACUUGAGGAUGCGAACAAGACGACAGAGCUGAAAGCUGACUGGCCCAAGGGCUGGGGUCGCAAGGGAGCUGCGUUGCACGGACAAGGAGAUCUACUGGGUGCCCACGAUGCGUAUGAAGAGGCCCUGAAGCUCGACUCGAGCAAUGCGCAGGCCAAGUCUGGGCUUGAAUCCGUGAAGCGUGCGAUCGAUGCCGAAGCUAGAGCAGAUGGCAUCUCGGGAGACCCCUCUGGCGGGCUUGGAAACAUGUUCCAGGACCCUCAGAUGAUACAGAAACUGGCCAACAACCCAAAGACGGCACCGCUGCUUGCGGACCCCGAAUUCAUGGCCAAACUGCAGCAUCUGGCUAAGAACCCCAACUCCGUCGGCGAAGAGAUGAGGGAUCCCCGCUUCCUUCAGGUAAUGGGUGUCCUGCUUGGUGUUGACAUGUCAUUUGGUGCCCCUCCAGAGGCCGCUGGCGCCGGUGGUCGAGCAACUGAGGUGGAAGAGGAUGUGAACAUGCCCGAUGCCCGUCCCUCCACCCAGAAGGUGCGGGAACCCGAGCCAGAGCCUGAGCCAGAGGAUGAGGAGACAAUUGCUAAGAGGAAGGCCAAGGCCGAGGCUGACGAGGAGAAGAAGCUCGGUACAGAGAAUUACAAGAAGAGGCAGUUUGAUGCGGCUAUUGAACAUUAUAGCAAGGCUUGGGAAAUACAUCACGACAUCACUUACCUGACAAACCUCAGCGCUGCCCAGUUUGAGAAGGGAGACUACAAGGCCGCCAUUGAGUCUUGCGAGAAGGCCAUCACUGAAGGUCGUGAGAUUCUAGCUGAUUUCAAGAUUAUCGCAAAGGCAUUUGGACGAAUCGGAUCUUCAUAUGAGAAGCUAGGAGACUUGGCCACAGCUAUCACCAACUACCAGAAAUCACUCACGGAACACCGCACCCCAGAAAUCCUCGCCAAACUCCGCGCCGCGGAGAAAGCAAAGAUCAAGGCCGAGAAGGAAGCCUACCUGGAUCCUGAGGAGGCCGAGAAGGCUCGCGAGCUCGGUAACAAGAUGUUCAAAGAGGCAGACUGGCCUGCCGCUGUCGAGGCUUACACUGAAAUGACCAAGCGUGCUCCAGACGACCACCGGGGCUUCAGCAACCGUGCAGCAGCUCUGAUCAAGCUGAUGGCAUUCCCCCAGGCUGUCCAGGACUGCGACGAGGCGAUCAAGCGAGACCCCAAGUUCAUCCGUGCAUACCUGAGAAAGGCGCAGGCCUUGUUUGCUAUGAAAGAGUACAACAAAUGUUUGGAUGUAUGCACUGAGGCAGCUAAUCAUGAUGAGACCGGCGCCAACCAGCGCGAGAUCGAGCAGCAGCAGCAGAAAGCUCUCGAGGCUCAAUUCAGUGCUCGUGCCGGUGAGACUGAGGCUGAAACCGCCGAGCGAAUCCAGCGAGACCCAGAGAUUAUGGCCAUUGUCCAGGAUCCUGUGAUGCAGGCCAUCCUCCAGCAAGCCCGUAACGACCCAGCAGCUCUACGCGAACACAUGAAGAACGCGAAUGUCCGUAUGAAGAUCCAGAAACUGAUGGCCGCUGGAGUGAUCAGGACAGGAUGA